GUUAUAUUUUAGAGGAACUGUACAGAACCGGACGCAAGCGAGCCGGAGGCGGUAUGAAGUUUGUGUGUUUAAAUAGACGCUGAAUCCAUAUGGAAUUUUCCAAAACUCUGACAUGGCGUCCCCUCCUAAGACCCACAUUCCGCUGCCUCCGGACCCUGGUGACAAAUCCUUAGACAGUGAAGCAUGUUUGCCUUCAGUUCCUAUCCAUGUUGUCACCCAUGCAUCUCAACUUCCGGAAGAAUUCCUACACCCUUCAUGUGAAAAACAAUUGGUCAUAGGCUUUGAUUGUGAGGGGGUUGAUCUUUGCCGGCAGGGGACGCUUUGUAUUAUGCAGCUUGCUUUUCCAAAUGCAAUAUACCUUGUUGAUGCCAUUGAGGGUGGAGAGACACUUGUGAAAGCCUGUAAGCCUGCACUUGAGUCUAGUUACAUCACAAAAGUUAUCCACGACUGCAAACGAGAUAGUGAGGCAUUAUACUUUCAGUUUGGCAUUAAGCUGCAUAAUGUUGUGGACACCCAGAUUGCAUAUUCUUUGAUUAAGGAGCAAGAAGGGCAGAAAAGAGUGCCAGAUGACUACAUAUCAUUUGUUGGCCUGCUUGCGGACCCUCAAUUUGGGGGCAUAUCAUAUGUUGAGAAGGAAGAAGUUCGUGUUCUCUUGAGGCAGGACCCCAAUUUCUGGACAUAUCGACCAUUGUCCGAAUUAAUGGUCCGUGCAGCUGCAGAUGAUGUUCGCUUUCUUCUGUUUAUCUACCAUAAGAUGGUGGAGAAGUUAAAUGAGAGAUCCUUGUGGUAUCUUGCAGUUCGUGGUGCACUUUAUUGCCGCUGUUUCUGCAUCAAUGAUAAUAAUUUUGCAGAUUGGCCAGCAUUGCCUCCUGUUCCAGAAACUCUAAUUGCUGAUAAGCAAGCUCCGGAAGAAGAAACCCUGUCUGUUCUUGAUGUUCCACCAGGAAAGAUGGGAUGCGUAAUAGGAAAACGAGGAGCUAAUAUAUUGGCAAUAAAGGAAGGAUGCAGCGCUGAAAUCUUCUUUGGAGGUGAUAAAGGUCCUCCAAACAAGGUCUUCAUAAUUGGCCCAAUUAAGCAGGUCAAAAAAGCAGAAGCAAUGCUAAGGGGUAAAAUGCAACAUGUCUACUACUACUAGAGCUCGUUGUGUACAUUAAUAAUCCAUGUAAGGAUCUUAUGCUUGUGAAAAUGUGGGCGAAAGCAAAUCUAGUCACAUCUAUGAUGAUUUGUAGUCAUCGGGCUGUACCGAUGAAGGAUCUUUAACUUCUCAAAACUCAUUUGCAUUUUAA